CGACCUGUGUAAUUACCGAACUUCAAAUCUGUUCGAGUAGAGAUCCAAAGCACUGUCGGUCUCAGAGAUUCGCUUUCCUAUCUUCCUUCCAUCAAUGCUUGUAAGUGAUGAAAUUGGCGAUUUCGAUUUCAUAAAUUAGCUUCAACUUUGAAGUUGAGUUCAGAAAGAUGGGCGCCUCCGAAUCAACAUUACCGAGACCAGUUGAUCAGAUCACCACCGUCUCCCAAAGAUCAGAAAGCGUCGAUCCCAUUUUGGAGAAACUGAAAGCCCUAAGAAUUACAACGCCGAUAUUGACAACACCACCAACGGAGGGUAGCUUGACUGACAUUUUAGUGAGAAAACAAUCUUCUUCUUCAACUUCAGCUACGGUGAAUCCUAAGGUGUUGUUGGAGCUUUUCUCAAUGUAUCGUGAUUGGCAGGAGGAGAAGGUUCAACAAAUUAGCAAGAGACAGGGAGAGGUGGAAAACAAGAUAGAAGUUGCAGAUGCUUUGGCAAUCAAACUUCUUCAACGAUUUAAUUAUUCAGUGUCGGCAAUGAAGGCAACUUCACAGCAUUUAUCAGGAGUUCAUUCGUUGCAAGUGGAACUUGGGGAGCUAAAAGGAAGGUUGACUGAAGUUAUGAGUAACUGUGAUGCACUGUGCAAGAGAAUUGCUGCUGAGGGACCAGAAUCACUCCAGGCAUCUAUAAAGCCCUUUGGAUUGUCUACUGGAUCAGAGGUUAGCUGUACCUCAUCGUCCUUGCAAAAGGAUUCUGAGUGUAAGUAGUCCUCUACAGAAGCCUAGUUAGACUAACCUUUUUUUUUUUUGUGUAUAAUUUUCCUUUUUGUUGGGAUUUACAUACCCAAUAAGGAGUCUAACCUGUAUCUUGACGAACACUUGGAUGAGCAAGUCUGAUUGAAUCAACAAAACAUUCUUUUUGAA